AUGGCCGACGAAACCUUCUACCGUGACCAGAUCCUCUGUACGUGCUCUACACUUACCUUUUUACCAACUACUUUCAGUGCUGACUCUCUCUCCUCCACAGCAAACGCCGCCGUCCUCUUCUCCGACACCUUCCGCAUCGUCCUGCGCGCCAAGAAGAACGAAGGCCGCCAGACCUACGAGGCCGUCCUCGUCGAUGGCUCCAGCCACAGGAUCCUGCUCGCCGGCGGUCCAGGCCUUCACUCUAUCCAGGAAGCCCUGUUCAACCUGUUGAUCGCGACUAGCAACCAGAUGACCGACUAUCUGCAGGGGUUGUCUGACAAGGAGGCCGCUCGCAGAGAGCACCACGAGUCUACUUCUGGCCACCAUGGUACUGCUGGCAACCCUGCUUCUACCAGUACGGGUGGGGGUGCUGUACGAUAG